GGAAGUGGUGGGGCGGAGUCUGCGUGCUGAGCGUGGUGAUUGUCCCCUGUUUAAUACACAUUGCACAGUCCGUGUACCGCGAGGGAAAGGUUUUAAUUGAAGUUGAACAUAUAUCUCAAAUCACAGACACUGCAGUUACUCAAUCACGCCUACAUUGAUCAGAACCCAUUCUCAGAGUAUUAAAGGAACCCUGUAACUAUGAACAAGGACAGGAAUGAAAUGGCUGAGAUGAUCUUGGAUCUCACCCUGGAGAUCGUCUACCUGCUGACUGGAGAGGUUCACAUGUUUGUAAAGAAACCUGGGGAACAUCCUAAUCAUAGCAGCUGUGUCCCGGCGUCUGAAGAACUCAACAAGACUCCGAGUCCCAGCACGCAGAAUGCAGAUGUAGUACGCCUACCUCACUUAUUGAUACAUGAGAGAAAGAAUGACAAGAAGAUCCUGGAACUGACCAAUAAGAUCAUUCACCUGCUGACUGGAGAGGUUCCUAUAAGGUGUGAGGAUGUCACUGUCUAUUUCUCCAUGGAGGAGUGGGAGUAUCUAGAAGGACACAAGGAUCUCUAUAAGGAACUGAUGAUGGAGACUCACCAGACCCUAAUCUCACAAGAAGAUAAAUCUACAUCAGGUGGAUUGCGCACAUCUGUUUUUUUUCCUGACUUUGAAACCAAUGAAUCUGGACAUGAAAUUAGCAAAUAUGGUAAAAUCAGCAAAACAAAGAAAAGACAGACUGGAUCUAUAGAAUGUGUCUCUCGGGAAUCCCAAUUAUAUCUUGAAGAAAAUUGCCCAGAUGUAGACAUUGAUACACCUACGGGAUGUUUACAAAAAGCAUAUGUAUCGACUCGUACUGAUCAAGAAUCAGCCUCUUGCAAAGAAGGACAUCAUACAAACUCUGACAAUAAUACGUCCUCGCAAAAUCCACAAUCAAUAUGUCCACCUAACCAUAUUAAGGAAGAGCCAACAUCAUGUGAAGCGAUAACCGCUACCAAGGUUUCUACACCAAUAGGAAAUAAACAGAUUGAGGAAAAUCACAUAGACGAUGACAUUUAUACACCCACAGAACAUACACAGACAGAAUAUGCAUCUACUCAUAUAAAGGAGGAAUCAGCUGUGUGUGAAGUAAUUGUCACAGAAGAUCACAACAAUAUUCUAUCAGAAGUUAUACAGACAGAGGAUGAGUGUGGCUAUAAUGAAGAUAAUCUAAAUUCACCUGAAACAAAUAAAACACUUUUAAAUGAAUGUACAAAACUUGAUAAAAAUAUUGAUCCUAAAUCUAGUAUAUAUCCCAAGAACAAAGAGGCAAUAUGCUACUGGUCUGAGCAUCCAAAAGUGUCUUAUGGUAAUUCGGAGCAUGUUCUUCAUUCGUCCGCUCUCACUAGAAACGAAGUGGCUGCAUCUGAAAUGGAUAAUGUCUUUUUUUACACAUCGGCCCAUGUGAACCCUGUGCCAAAUAGCACCCAAGAGAAACCGUUUUCAUGUUCUGAAUGCGGGAAAUUUUUUAGUGUAAAACGUAGUCUUACUAAGCAUCAGAGUAUUCACAUAGGGCUAAAACCAUUUAAAUGCAAUGAUUGUGGAAAAUGUUUUAGGGUGAAGUACAAUCUUACUGUACAUACGAGGAUUCACACAAAAGAGAAACCGUUUGAGUGCUCUGACUGUAAGAAAUGUUUUAGGCUGAAGCACAGUCUCACAGUGCAUCGGAGGACUCACACAGGAGAAAAACCGUUUGUAUGUUCUGAUUGCUGGAAAUGUUUUGGGAGGAAGGAUGAACUUGUUAAGCAUCAGAGGAUUCACAGAAGUGAAAAACCGUUUAAAUGCAAUGAAUGUGGGAGCUGUUUCAGGGUAAAGCACAGUCUUACUGUACAUCAGAGGAUUCAUACAGAAGAGAAACCUUUUGAGUGUACGGAUUGUGGCAGAUGUUUUAGGCUAAAGCCCAGUCUUACGGUUCAUCAGAGGAUUCACACAGGAGAAAAACCGUUUGUAUGUGGUGAAUGCUGGAAAUGCUUUAGGAGAAGGAAUGAACUGAUCAAGCAUCAGAGAAUUCACAGGAGUGAAAAACCGUAUAAAUGCACCGAAUGUGGAAAAUGUUUCAGCCAGAAAGGAAAUCUUGCUUCGCAUAAAUCCAUUCACACAGGGGAAAAACCAUUUAAAUGCUCCGAAUGUGGGAAAUGUUGUAGGCUAAAGUAUGACCUUAUUAAGCAUCAGAGGAUUCACAAAACAGAAAAACCCGUUUAAAUGCUCUGUAUGUGAAAAUUGUUUUACCCAGGCCGCAUAUUGUGCGUCACAUAAAUGGGUUCGCACUAGCAAGAAACUAUAUAUUUUUUUUAAAUGAAGGGUACUGAAUACUAAAUCCUAGAAUCAAACACUGCCCUUUAGUAGAUAAAUCAAUGUUUUGAUUGUAGGAUUAAACACACCUUAGUGUCUGUUUUGUUGACAGCCACUAGAAACACUUCCCCUACAAUGACAGAGUUUCAUUUAGUCAUGUCGUAUAUCAUCAAGUGCAGCUAAUAGGAAACGAUUUGUUUGGACGUGUCACGCAUGCACAUCUCAUCCAUAAUGAGAAUCCUUUAAUUAGAUGAUGAUCAUGCAAGCUCUCACUCACCUCGGUCACUCACAUCUUGUUAACCAUCAAAGUUAAACACAGAUAAGAUACACAACCUUUUUGAUGGUUAUAAAGUCGGUUUUCUUAUAGUGAUUACUCAAUAAAUAAAUACUCAACUUUGAAGAUCAUGCUCGUCCUGCAAACUUCAAGGUUUUGCAUGUAGCUGAACCUAUCACAUACACCCUUGCCCAGCAUAAUAUUCAGUACUUGACAAUUCCAUUGAUCAGGUAAACUGGAACUUUUACUUAAGCUAAUAGCAGUCAUGACAUGAGUUAUAUCAGCUGGCUGACAACUCCCAUUUACUUUUUUGUUGUGAAUAGACGUAUAACUGUGAUCUUGGAAAUGAAAUUAAUGAAAGAAGCAUAUGCGUUGUCUUAUACUGCAAUGCUUGGUGGUCAUAGAUCUCUGAGCCAGGUAGCCUGCACCCUACAUGAAUAACAGUAUUCUGUAUAUAGUAUUAUCACAUGUACAUCGCCAAUGGCAUACAUUCACACAGACUCACACGUGGACUUUGUUAAGGUGGAUCUCAUCCCUUGGUCAGUUCUGUAAUUAUCUUAUGUCUGUAGUUCCCAUACCCUCCCUUUAAAUGUAUACUACACCACUAAUGCACAUCCUGGAGGAACCCUGUGCCACAUUUAU